GGACUUGUGAAAGAGGCCCUCAGAACCGCCGCCAUGUGCGGCAUCUUCUGUUUGUUGAGUCUGUCUGGGUCUCACUCUGAGUGUGAGAAAACCAUCAAGGAACACCUGAGGAGAAGAGGGCCCGACUCCAGCCGAGACGUGACGGUUACAGGCUCGGACGCUCGCUACAGGUGCUCGCUCUCUGCUCACGUUCUUCACAUGCGAGGCCAUCUGACCCCCCAGCCACUGGAAGACGACGCAGGGAACGUUCUGUUGUGGAACGGGGAGGUUUUCGGAGGGUUUCCUGUCGCGGCUGAGGAGAACGACACCACCGCGGUCUCAAAGCGCCUUUCGUCCUGCAGCAGCUCCUCGCAGAUACUUGGCGUCCUGUCCUCCGUGCGGGGGCCGUGGGGGUUUGUUUACUACCAGAAGGCCGGAGACUACCUGUGGUUUGGCAGAGAUUUCUUGGGCAGACGGAGUUUACUGUGGAGCUUCGAUGUUGAACUCGGAGCGUUGACCCUGACGUCUGUGGCCGCCUGCAGUUCCGGGCGUCACUGGCAGGAAGUGCCUGCAGCUGGAGUGUACAGGAUGGACCUGAAAGCAGCCGCAGCCUGCAGCUCUGUGACAUUUGAGAUGUUUCCUUGGGCUCACAGAGGAGAAGACGCCCUCUCCUCUUGCAGUGAAGCGACGCUGGGGUGUGUCCCUGAUGGCUGCUGCGCUGUGAUCAACCAGUCGGGCCUGGUGCUCCCAUCACCCGUCUGCCCGCUCAAUAAGUCCACUCCUCUGACCUUAGAGAUAACGGACUUCGAACAAAACACACAUUUCUCUGCACAGGAUCUGGAGAGGCUGCUGGAAAGACAAGACGAACCCGAGACGGUGAAGCGUCUCAUCGAUGUUCUGAGCGAGGCGGUGAGGCGGCGCGUUCAAUGUCUUCCCCUUAGAGAGGACGACUCGGUGAUGAACGAUCACGCCGCUGUCGCCAUCCUUUUCUCUGGGGGUGUCGAUUCCAUGAUCCUGGCUGCUUUAGCCGACCGCCACGUACCACCUCACCAACCCAUCGACCUCCUCAAUGUGGCGUUCAAGCUCCAGGAGCCAAAAAAACGCAGCGAGCCGACCAAGAAAGCCAAGAAGCAGCAAGGUAAACCGGCGGAGUCCCGACCGUUCAGCCCCUUUGACGUUCCCGACAGGAUCACCGGGAGAGCCGGACUCAAGGAAUUACAGAACUUGAAUCCGGAACGGAGCUGGAACUUCGUCGAAAUCAACGUGACUCAGGAGGAGCUGCAGAAAACACGCCUGGAGAGAAUUUGCCACUUGGUCCACCCACUGGAUACGGUGUUGGACGACAGUAUCGGCUGUGCCGUGUGGUUUGCUGCGAGGGGGGCGGGGCUCAUCGCCGGGGAUGACGGCCAAAGGCCCUUCACAUCAGCAGCAAAGGUCAUCCUGACGGGAAUCGGAGCAGACGAGCAGCUCGCCGGUUACUCCAGACACCGAGUGCAUUUCAAGACAUCUGGCUAUGAAGGACUGAUCCAAGAACUGGCCAUGGAGCUGGGAAGGAUCUCCUCCAGGAAUCUGGGCAGAGACGACAGAGUGAUAGCUGACCACGGGAAGGAGGCCAGGUUCCCCUACCUGGACGAGGACGUGGUGAGCUUCCUGAACGGCCUGGCCGUGUGGGACAAGGCCCGGCUGACCCUCCCGCGGGGCGUCGGGGAGAAGCUCCUGCUCAGGCUGGCGGCCCGGCGGCUCGGCCUGGGACCGGCGGCCGUCCUGCCGAAGCGAGCCAUGCAGUUCGGCUCACGCAUCGCAAAGAUGGAGGACGGCCACGAGAAGGCCUCUGACAAAUGCUCCAGACUCUUGACCGGGUAGACCAUGAAAAUGACUUUAUUUGACAAUAAUCUCUAGAAAUUCAAAGGCAUAUUUACAUCCACAGCUUGUGAUUUUACAGAUUCUGAAGUCUUGAUUUUCUAAUAAACAUGUUUCUGUGAGUUCA